AUGUUACCUUAUUUCACUGUAGGGUCCAGCCUCUUGGCUGAAGCUCUCAGCAAGACUGAAGAAGAGCUCCAUGCUAGCUACUGGAACAACAAAGGAAGGCAGGCUCUUCACACUGCCAUGAACGUUCAGCCGAAUCUCCACCAAGCCAAGAACCUCAUCCUCUUCCUGGGGGACGGUAUGGGGAUACCAACAGUGACUGCUGCCCGGAUCCUCAAAGGCCAGUUGGCAGGAGAAUCAGGGGAGGAAACCAGUCUGGUCAUGGAUACCUUCCCUCACCUGGCGCUGUCAAAGACAUACAAUGUGGACCAGCAGAUGCCAGACAGUGCCGGCACAGCCACAGCUUACUUAUGUGGUGUGAAGGCUAACUAUGGCACCGUGGGUGUCACUGCUGCCACCCCAAGGUCCAACUGUAGCGCUACUUUUGGGAAUGAAGUCACAUCUGUUUUGCACCGUGCCAAGAAAGCAGGAAAAUCUGUGGGAAUUGUCACAACAACUCGAGUGCAGCACGCCUCUCCCAGUGCCACCUAUGCUCACUCUGCCGAUCGAGGCUGGUAUUCUGACUCCGACCUCCCCCCUGAGGCUGUCCAAAAUGGAUGCCGUGACAUUGCAUAUCAGCUGAUUAACAACACAGAGAUAGAUGUCAUUCUUGGGGGAGGUCGUCAGUACAUGUUUCCCAGAGACAUACAAGACCCAGAGUAUCCACAGUAUAAAGGAGACCGAAACGAUGGACAAAAUCUUGUUACAGAGUGGCAUAAGAACAAAAAGAAUGCUAAAUAUGUUUGGAACAAAGCUGAUUUUGAUGCUGUCAAACCAGCAAAUACAGACUUCUUGAUGGGUCUAUUUGAGCCCAAAGACUGCCGCUAUGAAUUGGACCGUGAUCCGUCCAUGGACCCAUCCCUCACUGAGAUGAUGGAGAAAGCAAUAAAGAUUCUCAGCAAGAACCCCAAGGGAUUUUUCCUCUUUGUGGAAGAUAAUGGGAGAAUAGACCAUGGGCACCAUGGAGGAAAGGCGAAAAGAGCUCUGUAUGAGGCUGUUGAGUUUGACCGGGCAAUCGGGCGAGCCGCUGAACUCACCAGUGAGCUGGACACCCUGUCUGUGGUCACUGCUGAUCACUCCCAUGUCUUUGCCUUCGGAGGAUAUUCUGCGAGAGGAAACUCUGUUUUCGGGGUGUCUCGCUCUCUAGCUGAUGAUAAGAAGCACUUCACCACCGCUGUGUAUGGAAACGGACCAGGAUACCAGAUUGUCAAUGGAACUCGCCCAGAUAUGAAUAAGUCAGUUUCAUCGGAUAAUGACUAUAAACAGCAAGCUCCUGUCCCUCUGAGUUCAGAGACCCAUGGUAUAGAGGAUGUAGCCAUCUUUGCCAAAGGUCCCAUGUCACACCUCUUCCAUGGAGUCCAGGAGCAGAGCUACAUCGCCCAUGUCAUGGCUUACGCUGCCUGUCUGGAGCCCUACGACAACUGCAAACUGACACCGCCAAACCACGCUGGAGUUAUCCACCCAAGCCUGCUACUCCUCCUAAUGGGCCUCCUUCUCCUCUCUCUCUGCUCUGUCUAAGUCUGGGAUGACAGUUUCCUGGGAAUUUGUUCUGAAAUUGGAUUAACUGUAAAAAAAAAAAAAAAAAAAAAAUCUUUACGUUGUACUUUUUGUAUGGAAUUUAAAAGCUGUAUAGUCGCACAACUUUGACAACUUCUGCUUGUUCAGAUAACCUUGUUGUAAAAAAAAACCAAAUAAAUAUUAGUUAUUAGCCUACUGCAUA